CCAGAACGGGGGCACCGGCGCCCCCCCGGCGACAGCGGGAAAUGGUAUGCCCCGGAAGUGGCCUCCCAGCCUCCUAGGCCGGCUUCCGGCUCCAGCGGAAGUGGCGAAAGGAAGCCGGUGGAUCCCGCGACUGUGUAGGGCGAGGCGCCGCCGCCACCAUGGGCCGCGAGUUCGGGAAGCUGUCCAGGGUGCGGCAUGUGAUCAGCUACAGCUUGUCGCCUUUCGAGCAACAGGCCUUCCCGCACUACUUCAGCAAAGGCGUCCCCAACAUGCUGCGCCGCAUUCAGGCGACCAUCCUUCGCGCCGCGCCGCGGGAGAGAGAGGGAAGGUGUGAUGACCCAGUUCCCCAGGUCGCCUAUCAAAUGGCGUUUGUGGCGUUUUACCUUCUUUACACGUGGGGGACCCAGGAGUUCGAGAGAUCCAGGAGGAAGAACCCAGCUGCCUAUGAAAAUGACAGCUGAGCCACCCGUCUGGAGGAUGGUUCCCUGUCUCCGACAGACCCUUCUCUGGGAGAGGAGUCCACACUGUAGUGUCUUGAAGACACAAUAAACUUCUUUCAGGUUG